UGUCCUCUCCCAUGCAAAAACCUCCAUCACCAACCUCUUCAAACCGCCAAUCUCAUUUUCCUUUUAAAACACACACAUUCUCAUUCUCAUAACCAUCGUCAUAAACAUAGAAAACAAAAACUACUACACAAACACAAGUUCAAACAUCAACAUAGUAUCUUGUUCCGUUCUUUUUAUUUUCAACACCAAAUUCAUCAUCAACAAUGGCGUCUGAACAAGUAUCUCGCAGAGAAAACAUCACAACCGAGAGAAAGAUUCCAAACGACAAUGACAAUGUCCCGAAGCCGACAGCCCGCGUCGAGCAUCUUUCUGUGAAGGAGAAAGAACUACCACAGGGGAGUGUAGAAGCAUUACAAGGUGGUGAAAUCAACAAAGAGCGUUCAGGGAAACCAAUUGGAGAUAUUGCUGGAAGAGGAAAAGCAACACAAAGCCAUGAACUCGGACCAAACGUUCAGUCUCUCCCUGAUCGCAACGAGAUCAAGGAUCGUGCAUAUGUUCCGGUGAGUGCAAAUGUAGUAGAAAAUAGAGUAGGAGACAAUGCCACUAGAGAAAAACUCGAUAACCGUACCAGAGUGGUUACUGGAACACCACAAGUUAAGGAACAAAACAGAGCCUUGGGAAAAGGGCAAGUUGUGGCAGAGAGAGGAAGAAAAACAGAGGAUUUAGAACCAAAUGGUGAUGAGAAGUUUGGUAGAGGAAGGAUAGUCGGUGCUGAAAAUCAAGAUGCGAUAUUGGAAAAAAGUGUUGCUGAGGAAAAAGAGAGAGCAAGAGAAAGAGCAAAGGAAGCAACAAAAGAAACACUGAAUAACACAGCACGAGCAGCACAAGAGAAAGGAGCACAAGCAAUGGAGAAAGCAGCACAAGUCAAAGAUGCAACAAAAGAUACCGUUUCGAAUUCUGCAAAAACUGCUGCAGAGAAAGCAGCACAAGCCAAAGAUACUGCUGCAGAGAAAGCAGCACGGGCCAAAGAUACUGCGGCAGAGAAAGGCCAGCAAGGUUAUGAAGCAACCAAAGACACAGUUUCAAAUGCUGCAAAAACCGCUGCGGAGAAAGCAGCACAAGCCAAAGAUGCAACAAUCGAGAAAAGCCAACAAGGUUAUGAAGCAACCAGAGGCACAGUAUCAAAUGCUGCAAAAACCGCUGCGGAGAAAGCAGCACAGGCGAAAAACGCAACUCUCGAAAAGACACAACAAGGUUAUGAAGCAACGAAAGACACAGUUUCAAACGCUGCCAAAACUGCAGCAGACUAUGCUACUCCUGUUGCCGAGAAAACCAAGACAGCGGCGGAGAAAGCCAAGUGUGCGGCUGUUCAGGCAAAGGAUGUUACCGUAGAGAAAGGGAAGACUGCCGCGGAAAUGGCAGGGAAAGUGGUGUCUGCUGCGGGGUGGACAGCAACGCAUUAUGCCACACAGUUGACGGUAGAUGGAACAAAGGCUGCAGCGAAUGCUGUUGAAGGAGCGGUUGGAUAUGUUGCACCUAAGGCUUCUGAGCUUGCGGCGAAGUCGGUGGAAACUGUUAAAGGCUUGGCUGCUUCUGCUGGUGAGACUGCUAAGGAGUUUACUGCUAGGAAGAAAGAUGAAUCAUGGCGUGAAUAUGAGGGUCAAAAGGUUUCUCAACCUAAGGAAGGUGAAGAAACCUUGCCAUCAUCAGAAGGUGAAGAAACCUUGCCAUCAUCAGAAGGUACCGGCGAAAAUGUGAGCAACUAUAGAGAAAAAGUGAUUAUACAAAAAGUGAUACCAAGUGAAGAACGUAUUCAAGCAGAAGGAACUAAUCUUCAAGAGAAGGGUAGAGGAAGCAAUGUGAUACCAAACAGUGAUGAAACUGAAACUGUGGAAAAUGUUGUUGAGAAAGAACAAGGAAAAGGAAAAGGAAGGGAGAAAAUUGAGAAGAAAGCCUUAGAGAAGAAGAAUGAAGGAGGGAGUGAUGAUGUAAUAAUAGCUGCCACUGAAACCAAGUGAUGUUGGAAAUGAAAUGGUUAAAUCUGCAGAUAAUAUUAAUAAUAAAGUGAAGGAACAUGGUGAACUAUUAUGUUUAUAAAGAGUGUUUUAAGGAGUUCAGUUUGUGUAAAUUAAUGUUUUGAGUUAUUAUAAAUAAAUGUUUCUUGAAUUGCAUAA